GCCGCCCCGGAGCGCUAGCGCGGGCGAGCGGCGGAGGCCGGCCGGGCGGCGGCCAUGGACCGCUUCGUGUGGACCAGCGGCCUCCUGGAAAUCAACGAGACCCUGGUGAUCCAGCAGCGCGGGGUGCGCAUCUACGACGGCGAGGAGAAGAUAAAAUUUGAUGCCGGGACCCUCCUUCUUAGUACCCACCGACUGAUUUGGAGAGAUCAGAAAAAUCAUGAAUGCUGCAUGGCCAUUCCGCUUUCCCAAAUCGUGUUCAUUGAAGAACAGGCAGCUGGAAUUGGGAAAAGUGCCAAAAUAGUGGUCCAUCUUCACCCAGCUGCUAACAAAGAACCUGGUCCAUUCCAGAGUAGUAAGAACUCCUACAUCAAGCUCUCCUUCAAAGAACACGGUCAGAUUGAGUUUUACAGGCGAUUAUCAGAGGAAAUGACACAGAGAAGAUGGGAGAAUAUGCCAGUUUCCCAGUCAUUACAAACAAAAAGAGGACCCCAGCCAGGAAGAAUAAGGGCUGUAGGAAUUGUAGGUAUUGAAAGGAAACUGGAAGAAAAAAGAAAAGAAACUGACAAAAACAUUUCUGAGGCCUUUGAAGACCUCAGCAAACUAAUGGUGAAGGCUAAGGAAAUGGUGGAGUUAUCAAAAUCAAUUGCUAAUAAGAUUAAAGACAAGCAAGGUGAUAUCACAGAAGAUGAGACCAUCAGGUUUAAAUCCUAUUUGCUGAGCAUGGGCAUAGCUAACCCGGUUACCAGGGAAACCUACGGCUCGGGCACACAGUACCACAUGCAGCUGGCCAAACAGCUGGCCGGAAUAUUGCAGGCGCCGUUAGAGGAACGAGGGGGAAUAAUGUCACUCACGGAAGUGUACUGUUUAGUAAACCGAGCUCGAGGAAUGGAAUUGCUCUCACCAGAAGAUUUGGUGAAUGCAUGCAAGAUGCUGGCAGCACUGAAGUUACCUCUCAGGCUCCGAGUGUUUGACAGUGGCGUCAUGGUCAUUGAACUGCAGUCCCACAAGGAGGAGGAAAUGGUGGCCUCAGCCUUGGAGACGGUUUCAGAAAAGGGAUCCCUAACAUCGGAAGAGUUUGCUAAGCUCGUGGGAAUGUCUGUCCUCCUGGCUAAAGAAAGUGAUGAUUUCAUGGCUGGCAUUUAAGGAAUGCAACUAUGUCAUUUUGUUUUAAAAAUGCUGUAGAUUUUGAAACUGAAUUAACGAGCUGUAUAGACAUGCCCAGAGGUACGGUUACACACGUGGGAAGCAGACGGCUCAGGAUUUCCCUAGGAUUGUUGUGAGGGUUCAGGAGCCUGGAGGACCCUUAACCAGCUUUGCAGGAACCCUGGUGCUCUUUUACCUCAAAGCCAAGGAUGGGAAAGUAGAAGGUGGAAACAUAAUAGUCUCUUUUCCUUCCCUUUAAGAGGGAGUUUCAACGCUGAACUUUUUAAAAUAUUUGUAUCAUAUUCUAGCAAUAUUUUUUUCCUUUACCCCACACAUUAUAAGCUGUGUGGAGAAACUUUCUCACUAUAAGGUAUUACUGAGAUAACAGAAACUGGCUAAUAGGAAUUUUGAUUGCUUGAGUUUUAAAGUGACUACCUGACUUUGUUCGUUCCUGCUACAUAGCAUACGGCAUGUUGGCAUUACCUCAAACUCAGGGAUCCCACAGGGACAGAAGGAGAGCCCCCUGCUAAGGCUGAGGUGGCAGUGCAAGGCAGUGAUAGUUUUUGGCCGAGUCUCUAGAAGGGAUGGUAUCUGUGCUGAGACCAGGAGGACGGGAUACCCAGGCUCAGAUUCUGGGAUCCCUGAGACUUUCUCACUGAAGAGGUGGAGAGCCACUGUCAGAGGCCACUGCAAAUGCCCUCUGGGGAAGUUCCAGGGAUCCUCAGCUGCAGACCCAGGGAAUCCAUCCAAGUGCAGCCAGAGUCGAUCCCUGAUCCCUGUUGCUGCUUCGCAUCCUCCAGUGUCGUGGGAAUGUUAUGGCCGAGGCAUCCUGCCUUAGGCUUCAUUUUCUAAACCUGUCACUUCAUUCCCCCAUCGCUCAGCCUCAGGUUUGUUUUGGGGGAAAUUCAGUGUCUGGCUGCCCAUGUCUUUCAGGCCAUUGUGUACGGUUGUUUGUAUGUCACUCCUCUCUCUGGGAUGCACUCACUCUCACGCUGCUCUGGCAAACUUGUACAUGUACACACACACCCACACCCACACACACACGAUAUCACAUACACACGAUAUCUCAUCUGGCUAAGGUUUUCAAAAAUUAGGAAGGUAAUCUGUUUCACCAGUUGGAAUGAGUUGCAACUAAGAUUGAGCUACUGGAUCUGGCUCUGAUGGUUUGGAUUCCUUAUGGCAAACUCCCGGAGUUCAGCAUGUUUAUUUACACUAGUGUGACAGCACAUUAACAAAGAUGGGCCGUCUGAAUUGUAUAAAGUGAACUAAAGAAGAAGAAACAUGGACAUGGAUAUAUUUUGCAAAUAUCACAUUAAUUUAAAAACAAGUAUGACUGAUUUUUAUUGCUUUAAAGUGGGCAUUCUUCACUGUUUCCAGACCUCUGUAUGUAUAUUUUUAUCCAUUUUGUUUUGUUUUUGCCAAAUAAGAUGUCACUUUGGUCCUUUGUUGGUAGAGGUUAUGUUUAAAUACAACCAAUCAGGCCCUAAGUGCAAAAAAGUUCCGUCUUGGUGCUUAUCACUGUUAUAAUUAUUAUUUUUGCUUUUCUGACUUUGCUCUUAGGAGCAUAAAUGUUUGUAGCUUUAUGAUAAUGAAAGAUUUCUAGUCAUACUGUCAAAAAUUUUUUUACAUUGUAUAUGCAAAGAAUGUUUUCAGAGUUAAAUGAUUGGUGUUAAUGUAUAUAGAGUAGAAUUAUUGCAAAAUUUAAAAAUGAUUUUUCUCAACUUGGUGUUCUUUUUACUCUUUGAAAAAAUACAUGAAAAUGAUAAACCUUUAGUCAGAAUAAGCCAGUAUGUUAAGAUUUUUUUCUUUUAGACUUUGUAGUCAAGAGUUGAUUAUAAAUAUUUAUGACCUCAAGCUCUUACUAUUUUAGUUGUUUUAAAAGAAUGGGAAAUGGCUCACAAACUUUUUUUUUAAAUUCUUGAUGUGAAGUCCACUGUUGACCAUGUGUAUUUAUGUGAAUGUACUAUCUCUGGUUCCCUGUUACCAGACUAAACUGAGCAGACAUGGACUUAACCACAUUAAAAUGGUUCUCCCUUGCCCAGCAAUCUCAGAGUUUCCAUUUUGGUACAGUCCAGUCACAGUUUACAAGGUGGUUAGGUUUUAAAGGCUGUGCCUAAGGAUGGACUCGAGCAUGCUCAAAAUGAUCCUUGAAAAUCUCUUAAAUUGCCAAUAAAGUUCUCUAUAUAAUCUUACAGUUAGAAUGUCUGUAGAGUGAUACAUGGGUAUGAAUAUUUUAUGAAUGCAUAAGUAAAAUAUAUAAUUAAAAAUUACGUAUCAACAGUAGACUUACAGCACCAAUUAUACUAUUUAAAUGUGGUGGGGGUUUUUUUGGCUGAUUGAUAUGGUUGAAUUUAUGUAAAUUUAUUGCUAAUCCCAUCCCUUAUGAUAGAUCUUGAGUAUAAUUUUCUCAAGGACAGAGGUUUUUAUCUGCUUUGUUCAUGGACGUGUCCUCAGAGCCUAGAAUGAGGCCUGGCACACAGUGAGCAUUCAAUAAAUACCUACUGAAUGAAUGAA